AUGGAAGCUUUGCUACGAAAUACGAAUAAGACCUACCAGGCAACUACUACGGAAAGCUUUAAAAAGAAAAAUAUUUACAUCAUCAAGUUGCCCUCUUUGUUAAGAAUGUUGUUCAACAUCCCUUGUUCUCAGAAACAGAUCAUUUCCAAAAAUCCACCAAUCUUAAGAUUUUUUCAAGUCAUGUUAGCUCGCAACGUGGUCAAAAUCAGCUACGAUGUCUCGGAUGAGACAAUAAAAUGCUCCCUCGUCCCUCAUCUAUCCACUGCUUUAGGUCGUAAAGGCAUCUCCGUGCUCACAGAUAAACAUGAUGAAUUCUACGAGUCCAUUGCUUCUGUUUUGAUAUUCUCGAAGAACUUGUCCUCCAAGGAAACUUUGCAUGAUUUCCUAAAGGCUAUCCGACGAAGACACGACAAAGGCCAUGUGGUGAUCACUGUCUUCUAUGGAGUCAGUAGAUCAAAUGUGCAUGAUUUGAAGGGAAAUUUCGCCGAGCAUCGGACAACAUAUCAAGCAAGUCAAUGGCGCAACGCUCUUGCAGAAAUUGCAACCUUACCUGGCCACGAAGAAAGCAAUAAUCAAAGUGAAUGCCAAUUUGUGGAAAAGAUUGCUAGAGAUAAUCUUCCAAAUCAAAAAAUUCAACAAAGAGUUCUUGUUGUUCUUGAUGACGUGAGGAAUCAUUUACAUGCAGAGUCUUUUCUCGCUGGGCUUGUCUCGUUUAGUCCUGGAAGUCUGAUCAUCAUAACCUCCCGAGAUGAGCAAGUGCUUUCUCAGUGUCAAGUCAACGAAACUUACAAAGUUGAAGGAUUAAACAAGCUCGAGGCUAUGCAACUAUUCUCCUGGUGUGCCUCUGAAAGAGAUGUGAGAGAGACAAAUCAUCUUACAGAAACUUCUAUGAAGGUGAUCGAAUACGCUAAUGGAAACCCUUUAGCUCUAAGAGUAUACGGCAAAGAGAUGUCAUCACAGAAGCAACCAAGUCAAAAAGAUACUUUGUUCCUCAAGCUCAAGCAAUCUCCUCCACAUCAGAUUAUGGAAGUAGUCAAGAGUAGCUACUAUGCACUUAGUGUAAGUAUAAAAAAGGUAUCGAAAAUACUUCAAGAGCUUGGGUUCUUUCCAGAUAUUGGAAUCGACCGGCUUGUGGAGAACUCUUUGGUGACUAUUUCAGAAAACAGAUUGGAAAUGCAUAGCAUGAUUCAAGACGUUGUCCGAAACAUUGGGAGGUGUCAUCAGCUCAAUAAAAUUAAAGAAGACCCCAAAACAAGUUUUAAAUGUGUAUUGGGCACUGAAGACAUCGAAGCAAUAUCUCUGGAUGCAUCUAACUUAAACCCUUAUAUUAACGACUCUAAUCCUGGAAACCAUCGCAAGGCCCUCGAGUCUCUCUCUCUGCCUUAUGGGCUUAGGUUUCUCUUUUGGGACCAUUACCCUUUGCAGUCCUUACCACAAGAUUUUGAUCCAAGCAACCUUGUUGAACUUAAUAUGCCUUACAGUCAACUGCAAACUCUUUGGGGAGGAGGAACCAAAAACCUAAAGAUGCUGAGAAGAAUCAACCUUAGACAUUCUCAGAAACUUCUUGAAGUUGAUGAACUUUCAAAAGCUCGAAACCUCGAGGAAAUUGAUCUUCACGGCUGUAAGAACUUGCAUAGUUUGCCAGAGAUUUGUGAUUUGCAUAAACUACGAGUUGUUGAUCUCCCUAGUUACACAGCGAUCGAAUUGAAAUACGAGGGAUCAUCCAUUGAGACCAUCUCCCCUCCAGUCCCAGCGAUCAGCGUCAAGAGCUUAUAUGAGUCAUUUGACAAACAUAUAAAAAACUUGAAGUUUGAGCCUCCUGAGUCUAAUAUCUUAGACCUUCAGAGAUUCAGAAGCUUCUUUUAUAGUCAAGAAAUGAUAACAUAUCCAGACAUGGUGGAACAACCUACAUUUAAAAACAUGGUUUGUAAAACAGGACUCGCGAUGAGUGAGUGGGCGUUGGCAAAUCUAAGGAAGUCUUCAGAAUUUAUAAUUAAAAAUGUUCAAGGAGGAGAGAGCCUGGAUUCUGUCACAUGCAAC